AUGAGUCUCAUUCGCUGGUCUUUUAUCCUAUGGAUUACCAUGAUUCUUUAUAUCCAUAAUUGGGAUAAUGUGGAAGGAAGAUACCACUAUCACAAGGGGCAGAAUAUAAGUCCCCCUGCUAAGUCCCCUACACCAGAGAAACCUUCUUCACCUCCUUCCAUUUCCCCUGGUGUUCCCUCUGACCCUUAUCCCAAUGAUCCUGGGGAUUCCCCUUCAAAUUGCAUUUUCGAUGUAAGAUCCUUUGGGGCAGUUGGAGAUGGUUCUGCUGAUGACACAGAAGCAUUCGUGGCAGCGUGGAAAGCAGCUUGCGCAGUAGAGUCAGGGGUCCUUCUUGUUCCAGAAAAUUACUGUUUCAAGAUAACUUCAACUAUCUUUACAGGUCCAUGCAAGCCUGGACUAGUAUUUCAAGUGGAUGGUACUCUCAUGGCACCAGAUGGACCAGAAUCGUGGCCCAAGGAAGAUAGCCACAGUCAAUGGCUUGUGUUCUAUCGACUUGAUCAAAUGACUCUUACUGGGACAGGAACCAUAGAAGGCAAUGGGGAACAGUGGUGGGAUCUUCCUUGCAAACCUCACAGGGGCCCCGAUGGAAAAACUGUUUCAGGACCAUGUGAUAGCCCUACAAUGAUACGGUUCUUCAUGAGCUCCAAUUUGGUGCUGAGGGGGGUGAAAAUUCAAAACAGUCCUAUGUUCCACGUGAAAUUCGAUGGCUGCCAAGGAGUACUGAUAGACAAGUUGUCAAUAUCUUCUCCUAAACUCAGUCCAAAUACUGAUGGAAUCCACUUAGGAAACACAAAGGGUGUUGGGAUAUACAACUCUAUGAUAAGCAACGGGGAUGAUUGCAUCUCGAUUGGACCCGGGUGCUCAGAUGUGGACAUAGAGGGUGUUACUUGUGCUCCUACCCAUGGUAUUAGCAUUGGAAGCCUUGGAGUGCACAAUUCCCAGGCAUGUGUCUCAAACUUAACUGUUCGCAACACCAUCAUAAAGGAAUCAGACAAUGGCCUCAGGAUCAAGACAUGGCAAGGUGGAACGGGCUCAGUGACUGGCCUAAGAUUUGAAAACAUCCAAAUGGAGAAUGUGAGGAACUGCAUCAUCAUUGACCAGUACUACUGCUUGUCCAAGGAGUGUCUCAACCAAACUUCUGCAGUGCAUGUAAACGAUGUGAUAUAUAGGAACAUAAAGGGUACUUAUGAUGUGAGAACCCCUCCUAUACACUUUGCUUGCAGUGACACUGUGGCAUGCACCAACAUAACACUCUCUGAGAUUGAGCUUUUGCCAUACGAAGGGGAAUUACUAGAUGACCCUUUUUGUUGGAAUGCUUAUGGAACUCAAGAGACCAUGACUAUACCUCCACUUGAUUGCUUAAGAGAAGGUGAACCUGAUACAGUUGUGGAGCUCUCUGCAUAUGAAUGCAGGAGUUAA